UGCGUGUCGGGUUUGUAGAGAAGUUCAUCAGCGUCACCGCCAUUUGUGGCCUGGACUCAGAUUCUCCCCAGACCCCGAGGAUGCGGGGGAAGGGGCCCCCAACCUUCCUCCUGCUGCUCUCGGGGGCCCUGACCCUGACCGAGAACUGGGCAGGCUCCCACUCUAUGAGGUAUUUCUACACCGCCGUGUCCCGGCCCGGCCGCGGGGAGCCCCGCUUCAUCGCCGUCGGCUACGUGGACGACACGCAGUUCGUGCGGUUCGACAGCGACGCCGCGAGUCCGAGGAUGGAGCCGCGGGCGCCGUGGGUGGAGCAGGCGGGACCGGAGUAUUGGGAAGAGCAGACGCGGGGCAUCAAGGACACUGCACAGAGUUUCCGAGUGGGCCUGAACAACCUGCACAGCUACUACAACCAGAGCGAGGCCGAUGAGCGACGAGAGGGCCCGGGUCCAGGGUCUCACACCCUCCAGGAAAUGUAUGGCUGCGACGUGGGGCCGGACGGGCGCCUCCUCCGCGGGUACAGUCAGUACGCUUACGACGGCGACGAUUACAUCGCCCUGAACGAGGACCUGCGCUCCUGGACCGCGGCGGACACGGCGGCUCAGAUCACCCGGCGCAAGUGGGAGGAAGCCGGUGAGGCGGAGAUCUACAGAAACUACCUGGAGGGCAGGUGCGUAGAGUGGCUCCUCAGAUACCUGGAGAUCGGGAAGGAGACGCUGCACCGCGCAGAACCUCCAAAGACAUAUGUGACCCACCACCCCAUCUCUGACCAUGAGGUCACCCUGAGGUGCUGGGCCCUGGGCUUCUACCCUGCGGAGAUCACCCUGACUUGGUACCAAGAUGGGGAGGACCUGACCCAGGACAAAGAGCUUGUGGAGACCAGGCCUGCAGGGGAUGGAACUUUCCAGAAGUGGGCUGCUGUGGUGGUGCCUUCUGGAGAGGAGCAGAGAUACACGUGCCAUGUGCAGCACGAGGGGCUGCCUGAGCCUGUGACCCUGAGAUGGGAACGGCUGCCUCAGCCCACCAUCUCCAUUGUGGGCAUCGUUGCUGGUCUGGUUCUCUUUGUGGUCACUGGAGCUGUGAUGGCUGGAGCUGUGAUCUGGAGGAAGAAGUGCUCAGGUAGAAAAGCGUAGAGCUACUCUCAGACUGCAGCACAGGACAACUGCCUUGUGGGAAGUGAAUGAUGCAAGAUUUGUUCCCAUCCUACCUGCCAUUGUGACUUCUAGAACGUUUGACUUUUGUUUCUGCAAAGGGUGCCUGAAUAUGUCUGCAUUCCUAUUAACAUAGUGUGAGGAAGUGGGUAGACUGGUCUCCCCCGUGAUCCCCUCCCACACUGACUUGUGUUCUCUUCCCUGAUUGACUUUCCUGUUCCAGCAGAGGUGGGGCUGGGCCAUCUCCAUCCCUGUCUUUACUUCAUGUUGCCCUGAGCUGCAGCUUCUUACUUCUUAAUUGCAAAUAAAGAUCUGUAUACAA